CAGAACAAACAUAUUCCAGGAUCGUACAUGUUCUCGUACCGGUGGAAAGACAUACUACGUAUUUACAGUUCGAAUGUUCCAUCGCGCUUCAUGCCGAACCGGUACGGWAAAAGCGCUUGAUUAAGAACUUGAAUGUCUUCCAAACGAAACAUCGAUCACGAAGGGAUCUGAAGUAUCGAACCCUGUUGAUGUUCGAUCGAUGCCUGAGUCACAAAAGGCCCAGAAAGCAAGCAAUGAUACAGGAUUCACUGGGAAGUGAACUAUGAACUCUUCUGUUUUAUUCMUUGCGAAUUAUUAACCUUAGAAAUGCCGUCGUCAGGUUAGUUGUUAAAAAAGUGUUUUACAUCAGAGCACUACAAUGUCCUGAGCUGCAAAUACGAUUUUGGCAUUCGAUAAGAAAUCAUUGUAGCAGGGGAAUCUCAUGCACUUCUGUUGAUAACAACGGGAUAUCAUCAGUACAAAUGUAUUUUAUUUAUAGGAGUGAAUAAUUGCCAACGUGUUUUGAUACUAGCUCUUCCUUCAAAGUGGUGGGAGACGCAAAUAUAAUCUUGGCUCCUGUGAAAUAGAAUUCAAACUUCAGUGGCGUUAGGUUUUGAUGUCUAGAAAAACAGAAGUGCAUUAUUAUUGAUUAUUAUUGCGAAUAAUGUUUUUGAAACAUGGAUGAAAAACUAAAUCCUGUUCGUUUUCUAGGUCAUGAAUCGUGUUGCCAUGCGUUGUGUAGAGCUAUUGAAUACGUAAGAACAUCGAGAUUUACUUCAUUUCUUGUUGCUGCGGAAUAAAAAAUAUUGCUUGCUUUCAGUGUUCGAGAGGACUUACUUUCGUCCACAGAUAUUUGUUACAAUGAAGGAUUCGCUUUGGGCUAUAAUUUCGUAUGGGGCACCCCCUCUGGUAUUUCGGAGCAUAUACACUCGAAGAGAUACCAAUUCGUACCCUGGGUUAUUGUUGGUUGGAAAUGCGAAAGAGUUCGUCGUUGGAGAGUCACUACAGUUUGAAUCUCCGCACGUAAACGCCCAGUCGAUCCAGUCGUCACUAACCCAUUCCGUGGCUGAGCUUCCGUCGUCGAAUGACAUCCCAUCGGGGAAAACUCCUAUCCAAUCUUCCUCUUCGGGGUUGCAGUUUUCGAAAUCUACCACCAAGACAUUCGCCUCCGCAAAAUAACAAUCUUGRACAGCAGAAAUGGUCGUAGUGCAUUCAAUCAAUUCUUCUCGUUCCGAAGGGGGCUCGACGACAUAGGCGUUACUAUCGUAAUCUGGAAAUGUGCAGUAGUCCGUUGCGGUGUAGUCGUUCUCCCCACCGUAACAGAAGGGGACUGGGUCGUUUGCUCCUCGCUGAAAGCAAAUGAGACCUCCGUCGCAGUCAUCGUCGUUGUCACAAUCACCUGURCAUUGUUCGAGCGGGAAGAAAUUAUCUGGGACGGGAUCCAAAUAGKUGACUAGAGUUCCCCAAGAACGAGUUUCGAUGAAUGAGUUCGUAGGUGCAGGUGGCAGGUUAUCGUUCCAUGGACGACCAGASGGAGCUAUAGGUGAUGGAGCUGUGRUAGGUACAUCAAGCUGAGUACUAUCAGUAGGACUGUUGGUUAAAUCCUUUGCCACGGAUGUGUCAUUAAGGUUCGAUGAGGCUGCUGCCGUCUCGUUGUUCAAUGAGUUUMCAUUCCUUUUCUUGCGUGACAACAAUAGACCGAUAAGGAGGCCACUAGCCAACAAAGUAAUGAUCAAAAGAAUAGCGAUGAAACGAAAUUUCUGUGAUUUUCCUUGGGACUCCUUUGCUYCGUUGUCGCCURCUWUACUUGAUGAAAGAGGUUCACUGCCUGAUUGGUCCUGGUAUCCCUCGUCUCUUMGUAGACUAUGUACAAUCGGCGCCGUUGUAUUCGUUGUGUCGGACGAUUUCUUCACGAAAUCGUACGACUUCGUAUCGUAACGUGAUAUAUCUUUGAGGAUAUCUUGGCCAGUGACGGGAGGGAGUAUGUAUUCCUCUACGGGGUGGACGUCCUUCGAAUUGACAAUGCCGACACGAUCUCYUUGCUCAGAAGCUAUUUCUGACAAUGCUCUCAGUGAUUCUUCAUCGAAUGGUUUGYCCUCUUCCCAUUGUGAAGUUAUCCCGAUUUCAUUCAGCGAGGACAGAUAUUUAUUGUASGAGAGAAAUAAAUCGUUGCCUGCGACCUCUUCAUCGUGUUUAUCUGUCUUCAAGGUGCUUCCCYUGGUGCUGUUCGUGUGGAUGACGGUUUCUUUAUCGUCACAUUCUUCCWUGGUAUCUUCRUGUUCUAAUUCUGAAUCUGAGAAMGGAGGGUAUAUCUCCUUCARCAGAUCUAGCGAGUGGAUGCCACUACUGUUCAUCGAAUGCAUCCCACUACUACUAUCUGUGGUCUGCGUAUCGUGCGAUCGAUUUCGCACGAUUUCUGUCUSGGUCGAGAUCAUUGUUGCAUCGUAUAUUUUGGUCUUUAUCUGUUGCGUCUUGCCCCCAAGUUCGCCUUCKACCUUACCACCAUCGYUAUUGUCUCUCAACUGACGAGGUUUGAAAAUAGAUUCGCGUGCUUCAAACAUAUUGUUUCUUCAAGUCUCAAUCUCACUCUUGGUGAUGGUCUUCUCAUCAUACUUCUGCAAAUAAGAGUAUUGUAGUUACUGUUGCAUGCUGCAUGUUUCAUUCUUCGURCUUCCGAGCUGCUGUGGAGCUUGCUGCCGUUAGGGGAUGGAUCCUGRUUGUUAAUGGAGGUUCUCUAAAUGUCAAGUCUUGAUUCUCUUGAGAACCGAACAUGGGAUUAAACUAAUGUGCAGACC